AUGGAUGGAAUUUCUCCAGAGACAGCUCUGGAAAUCAAUCUGACAACAGGACACAUGAGUGGAGCCGCUCGAGAGGUUGACCAGACAGCAGGACAGUUGGGAGGAACAACUCUGGAGGUUGACAAUGUAGGUGGAGCCACUCUGGAGUUCGACAGAGACCUUGAGAGCUGUGAUGUUGGUGAAACCAGCCAAAUGGUCUGGCAGGGUGUCAGUAAGGGCAGCCAAUGGUGGCGGAGGGCAGACAGACGCCGGUGGUUGGCGGCCGCCGGUGGAGAGGGGCGGCAGGACUCGUGCCCGCGCAGCGCCCUGCUCGAUCACAGCCGGCGGCACCGGACGGCGUUCACGCGCGAGCAGCUGUCCCGGCUGGAGCAGGAGUACGGGAAGGAGAGCUACGUCUCCAGACCCAGGCGGUGCGAGCUGGCCACCGCGCUUAACUUACCGGAGACAACGAUAAAGGUGUGGUUCCAGAACAGGAGGAUGAAGGACAAACGGCAGAGACACUCCCUGCCUUGGCCUCACCCUCUAGUCGACCCCCUGGGGGCGCUCCUGAUGGGCCGGGCCUCUCCUUCCUCCACGUUCCCAUAUCCCUUCAUUCCACCCCAUCUACCCCAUCUCCCCCUCCACCACUACUCCCCCUUGGCUCUCUCCUCACCAGUGUCCUCGGCUCACGGACCCUACAGCGCACCCUUGAGGCCCCUGGAUGCGCUCCGCCUUUCACAGUACCACAACAGGCCAGGGGGACUGGCUUCGGCAACAGGAGCUCUCUACCCGUCCACAGGCAUCAUGCACCACCCGGCUUCAUGCCCCUGCCCUCUUUGCCUGCACUGGGGGCCAGAACAGCUGCUUAAAGCCAGAGAGGAGGCUCUGGGACUGAACCAGCCCCGUAGUCCCAAAGCCAACAUCCAGCCUGCUGCUCUGGACCGGAGGGAGGAGGUAGUCUAG